AGGAUUUUAUCUCUUAUCAGCUGUUAGUAGGUACGCUCCUUCUGCAAAUUUCAAUUGUUUUCUCGGUUAUUAUUAGUAGUAGCCAUUAAAUUAGCGAUCGCCCUGACUAAAGUAAAGUCUAAGCCGCCUGAGAAAGACAGAAAUUGCAGCAGCCCCUAAGGAGCAGUACAGAAUCCCAAAGAACCGACGAGGGAGUGGCAAGUGGACCACUAGCGGGUGGCGGCACGCAUUCUAUUUAGGUUUUGUGCUGAAUGUCCUGCUGGCGUUGGUUGUGGCUGGCUUUAAAGAUGAUAUACCAGCUGCUGUGCGCCUCGGUGAGCCUGAUCCUCUUCUGCUUCAAUGUCUUCUGGCUCUUCUGCAACCUGGCCAUCCCCUGGUGCACACUGACCCUCAUUGUCGUCUGCAUAGCCUCCAAGUUCGUGAAGUUGCAGCGAAGUCCCAACGAGAAGCGACUCCUUAGCCUUUUGAGCACUCCGGAGGAAUGGCCCAGUUACUGGCCCAUCGCCAAUCGGGCGGCCGGCUUCGAUGCACCCGAAAACUCCAAGGCAGCCAUUAAGAAGUGCCUCGCACGUGGAUAUCGAAACGUGCUUCUCGAUGCCGGCCUCACGUCCUGCGGCGAAAUAGUCGUGGCCAACCCCAAAAAAAUCAACGUGGCCCAGCCGCUGGCGGAGUUGCAAAAGCUAAACAUCGUGGAGCAGCAUCCAAUGGGGUCGCAGUACGAGGCGGAAUCGGUGGUCUCCCUGAGGCAAUUGUCGGACUUCCUGGAAGCGGAGGCUGCCGAGACCACGGUCUUUCUGCGACUGCACGACACCAGCGCCAGGAUGAUAGACCAGUUGCAGAAGUUUAUGACCACCGACGAGACAUUCACUCAGCGCACAAUUGUCAUUAGUCGUUCGCCACUGGCCAUUUAUCAGCUCCGUAAGCUGAAGCCAGAAAUCAUUUGCGGUCUAUGGCACGAAACCUACUUGUCGCUGGCCAUCCUUAAGUCCUCUACACUUAUUACCUCAAUCUAUGGCGCUAUCUUUCGCAACAUCAUUGCUCCCGUGAUCGGAAUAAGCGUGGUCUUUCUCAGCAAAGAUGAGAUUAACUUCCACAUUGCCGAUCUGUGGCGCAACGUGGGCGUCCGUCCAAUAGUCUAUAUGGUGAACUCACCCAACGAGAAGCGAUACUUUCAAAAGACCAUGAAGAUCCAGUAUCUAACAGAUUCGCUGCGUUCCGAACCGCACCUCCUUAUGAAGGCCUAAAAAGAUCUCGAGGAUCUGAACGAACAAAACGAUUUCGAUCGACGCACACACUUACACAAACUGUUUGCAUUUAGCUGGCAGAGCUUAGCCUUUAAGAAGAACUUAUGUACGCAUGUGUUUUUGUAGAAGCUUUAGAAAGUAUUAUCCCCAGUUUACCAGUACCAGUGAGAUUGACGAUAUAAUUUAGAUAAGAUACGUGCUUUACUUUUUAUUAGCUGAAGCUUUUUGACGUCCUGAUUUAUUUAUUUUGUUAUUUAUGAAUUUAUUGUGUUUACCAAUUACUGCUUUAUUUUAUACGAAAAUGUUCUCAAAGUUUGCAUAG